GCGAGUGGUCCUUCCACGUUUUCGAGCAGUGCCGUGGUGGGAGGGAGUUUAGCGGUGACGGGUCCCGUCGCUCUAUUGAAUGCUCUGACGGGCACCUCUGCGACGUUCUCUAGCAACGUGACCAUCGCCGGAUCGUUUUCAUACUCGAACCUCGCACUCAGUGGGAGCUUAUCCGUGGCUGGUCCUACUCUGGGAGCCACAUCCGCUAGUUUCUCGAGCAACCUGACCGUCUCUGGAACCUCGACUCUAUCAGGCGCUCUUGGGGGCACCUCCGCUAGCUUUUCGAGCAACCUGACAGUCUCUGGGACCUCGGCUCUAUCAGGCGCUUUUGGGGGUACCUCCGCUAGCUUUUCGAGCAACCUGACCGUCUCUGGUACUUCUACUCUCUCCAGCAAUGCGACGGUAGGCGGAAGUUUACUCGUGACUGGUCCCACCACUCUCUCGAGUGCUUUGGGGGGCACCUCGGCGAUUCUUUCUAGCAACCUGACCGUCUCUGGGACUUCGACUCUAUCAGGCGCUAUUGGGGGCACUUCAGCUAGUUUUUCGAGCAACUUGACCGUCUCUGGUACUUCUACUCUCUCCAGCAAUGCGACGGUAGGCGGAAGCUUGAAUGUCAGCGGGCCCGUCACCCUCUCUAGUACCCUGGGAGCCACUUCGGCUACUUUCUCCAGCAACAUAAGCGUCGCAGGAAUAACCACUGGAACCCUAUCGGCGAGCGGACCGGUCACUCUCUACAACACCCUGGGAGCAACCUCCGCGACUUUUUCGAGCAACGUGUCCGUGAGCCGUAUCCUGUCGGUGGCCGGGCAGACCACACUAGCGAGCAACCUGGCGGUCACCGGCCCCGCCACCUUUGCAUCCAACAUCACCAUCGCGAAUACCGACCCGAUCAGCUCUUACAAGACAUGGGCAUCGUGGACCCCGUCUGUGGACUCGAACGCGACGCUCUCGACUAUCUUCGCUAGGUAUACGUCCAUCAACAAGCGGGUGACGCUCGCAUACUCGCUGAGUCUGACCUUUGCGUCGUCCGCGGCCAGCACCAGCAUCUCUCUGCCUCCUGGACAGACAGUCGCUUACUCGGCACAGGGUACGCAAACUUUCAACAAGAGCAGUGGGUCCAACCUCUACGCGAAUAUCAACUUCUCCAAUCGAUAUAUCUCGACCGUCGGGACCGCAGUAGGUUCCGUCUCUGCUGACAGCACGACGUCGCGACUAGCGUUUGCACUCACGAAUUUUCUGCCGGGCACCUGGACCGCGGCGGGCAUCUUGGACUACGAGAUCGCUUGA